AUGGACCUCGAUGAAAUUAGAUAUUUACGGAGAGAAACAAUUAGCCAUAAUGAACACAAAAGAAUUGAGAAUGAUACUCUUAUUGCUGAAGAAUAUGUUGUUGAGAUUAAUUCUUUAGCCGACAAACUUGCUGUUGUUCAUCAUCCAAUCCUUAAGUCCGAGCUAAUUACAUGCACUCUAAAUAGAUUACAAGAUCUACAUAAAUAUCAAGCUUUUGUCCAUACAAUUGAGAAUAGGGAACGACCUGCUUUUUAUGAUGAACAUCGAGCACGAUUACUUGUUCAUGAGCAAAGAUUACAACAUAUAAAAUCCACUUGGUUUUUGAGUACAACACCAGCAGGUUCCCAACUUCAGGAGAUUGCCGUUGUUAAUCGAACUUGA